AGAAAAAUUCCCUUCUUAUACUGCCCCCACCUGAAAAAGAAAACCCUGAUUAGUUGAUUAUCUCUUUUUUGUCUUUUGAAAAAUCCGCAGCAAAACGAUGUCGUCGUCAGGGAGGAAGAUUACUCUGAAGAGCUCGGACGGCGAAUCGUUCGAGGUGGACGAAGCGGUGGCGGUGGAAUCGCAAACGAUUAAGCACAUGAUCGAGGAUGAUUGCGCCGAUAACGGAAUACCUUUGCCCAACGUUACGAGUAAGAUCCUGGCCAAGGUGAUCGAGUACUGCAAAAAGCACGUCGAGACUCCUAAGACUGACGAUCGAGCGGCCGAUGAUGAAAUUAAAAGUUGGGACGCUGAGUUUGUCAAGGUCGAUCAAGUCACUCUCUUUGAUCUCAUUCUGGCAGCAAACUAUUUGAACAUCGAGGGAUUGCUGGAUCUUACUUGUCAAACUGUUGCUGACAUGAUCAAGGGAAAGACCCCUGAAGAGAUCAGGAAGACUUUUAACAUCAAGAAUGACUUCACGCCUGAGGAGGAGGAAGAGGUUCGUCGGGAGAACCAGUGGGCAUUUGAAUGAAGUAUUGGCUAUUUGGAUGCUAUUAAGUGGUUUAAUCGUGUCAAACUUCUAUACUAGAUGUAGUUAAUUGCUCUGACCUAUCAUCUUUCUUUGUCUUCAUCAGUACUCUUUUGGAUUUUGUGAGCCCUUUUAACACUUCAAGUGAGCCUGCCUGUUCAUACAAUUUAACCAGUGUGUCGUUAUCAACUUAUUACCCUUGUUAUCUGUUCCUUUAUCGUGGUUUUUGAUGUGAAUGGGAAUGAUCGUCUAAAUUCCAUUUGCCACAUCAAUAACUCAUCCUUAAGGUUUAAGAUUUUGUAUAUAUGAACAAAAAUGGAAAAAAUAAACAUUAACCUAAGAAAACACCAUUGG